ACCCUUACCGUGGACGUGGAAUUGUUUACUCCAAAAUUGGUGUGCAAUCUUGAUCAUAACUUCAAUUAGCCAGGGAAUUGAGCGACGUUUCUGUGCGAAAUAUUUUUUUUUUCUUUGAAGUUCCUGUUGUUGCGUGUGUCUUGAAUGUACCCUAUUAAAGACAUAGCCAUGAAUAAUGCACCGGUAAAUGUUUAGCUUAUGCGAUGGACUAUCGGCAUCCGAUAAGUAAGAGCUAUACUAUUAUUCAGAGAUACUUUAAAAAAUUAAAAUAAAAAAAAAACAUGGAACGACGUUAAACAUCCUUUGAAUGGAUGUCGUUGGUAAAUGUACUUUGUAUAAACGUACAAGGAAUUGACGCUGAAGUCCUUAUGCCAACGUUACCCAGUGUUAAACAUUAUUAUAUAUUUUUAUAAAUAUAGAAAUAUAUAUUCCGUUUUGUGCCCUUGUGUGUAAUUGUAUGCUUAUUGCAUCGCAAUAUUGGCAUUUCCAUGGCUCCGAUGGGCAUCCGUCUGUCUCCUCUUGGCGUGGCUGUGUUUUGUCUGCUGGGGCUCGGGGUGAUCUAUCACCUCUACGCCGGCGUCAUUUCGAGCAGAAUAGCCGCGUUCCGGCAGGGGAGAGCCGUGGAUCUGCGGGAGCUGCUGGCCGUGUCCGUGGAGGCGGCAGCCGUCGGCGGGCGAGAGGUGAAGCGCGUCCGGGAGCAGAAUGCGCUUGAGGAGAAAUCGAAGGGGAAGACGCGGGAAGGCGCAAAAGAGAUGCUGACGCUGGGAGACCUGUACUCCCACAGAAAGAUGUAUCACCUUAUUAAGAGCACCUUCCCCUUCGUAAAGGUCAACUCUGAAGAACAUGAUGAUGUCGCUGAUCAAGAAUCUGCUGUGUGGGACCACGUGAUUCCAGAGGACAUUCGACACAAGAUCACAGAAAGCAGAGAAGUUCCUGCAGAGAGCAUCACUGUGUGGAUCGAUCCUCUGGAUGCAACUCAAGAGUACACAGAGGGCCUUCGCCAGUAUGUGACGACAAUGGUGUGUGUUGCUGUAGACGGUGAACCUGUCAUUGGAGUAAUUCAUAAUCCAUUCACAGGGUAUACAGCAUGGGCAAUGGUAGGUGGAGGAUCCAAUGUGAAUGCCCGGCCUUCCUACAAUACGCAGUCACCCCGAAUCAUUGUCUCCCGAUCUCAUGCUGGAAAAGUGAAGCCAUUUAUUCAGGAGGCUUUUGGAAACGACACAGUCAUCCUUCCUGCAGGUGGAGCAGGGUACAAGGUGCUGUCUCUCUUGGACAUACCAGAAGAGAAGUAUGAAAAGGCUGACGUCUACGUCCAUGUCACAUAUAUCAAGAAGUGGGAUAUUUGUGCAGGCAAUGCGAUUCUGAAAGCCCUCGGAGGCCAUAUGACUACUUUGAAAGGAGAAGAAAUUGACUAUGCUGGUUCCGAAGCCAAUGAGGGAGGACUGUUGGCGAGUUUACUUGUGAAUCAUAAAGCAUUAGUGGAAAAGCUUCCAAACCGAGAGAACGAGAAACACAACUGAAAAGGUGUUUACUUAAGUAGCUUAAAAACUUGAAUCUGGAAGCUUUGGUACUCUUCCUGGUCUGGUCCUCUUUACGUGAUGCAGUGGGGAAGAGGAUAGAGCUUCAAUAUUGAUUUGAUUUUCUCAAAAACAGCCAGAAAAUUAACAAAAUACUCAGUGGUUUGGGAGUGUGGACUGUUUGAAAUUACAUUUAGGAGCGUUUGUGGUUUUUCUAAUAAUUCGUAUCAUUCGAUCCUGAGUGUUUAAGGGAGUUAUUCUAAACAUUAUGGAUUUCAGACAAUAAGGAAUAAAGGGGGCUAUCACAAAUAGAAUUGUAUCAAAAUAGCUGAGAUUUAAUAGAGUAGAGAGUUAAAUAGUAAAAUGCAUUAAUAGUUUCUGUUAGGGGAGGUGUUUGCAGGUUUGAUAGAACCAACACUAAGGGACUGAGUUGGUAUUCAUUCCAUUUCUGAUGCCCUUAAGAGGCAGAAUUCAGAUCUGCGCACAGAACAUAGAACAUUGAGCUGUUGUAAUGUUUAGGUACAGAGAUCAUGUACAGAAAUAUAUUUUUUAGAAAAAUUCUAGUUGUUCUUUGCAGUAUGUUAUAUGGUUAAAAUAUUUACUGUUUCAUUUGAUAGAUCUUCAGAUCAGAAUGUCACUUGCUUACAAUAACUUCUACUAAAAAAUGUGAUGUGCUUUUUGUAAGUCACAUUAUUUACCACCUUGCUUUUGAUCAUCUGAAUCAUGGACUUUUGAAAUAAUAUUGGAGACUUAAAUAGUUUCCACAUAGAUAGAAUAAUAAAUGGUGUAUUAAGAUCUAAAAUAUGAAAUAUUAAUAGCUGAUUUUCUUGGUUCAGACAGGAAUCGUUGGCUGCUGAAGAGUACUUAUUGUAAAUACUAACAUUUGGAUAAAAUUAUGCCAUAAAUAUAAAUCUAUUGCAGUUUUUGGGUUAAUACAAUAGAUAUGAUUUAAUACCAUUUCACAUAGACUAAUUUAUUUUUAGAAUUCUUCUAAGGGGGUUUGCUUAGAAAAAUUAUUUAAAAUAAAAUAGCUCAUGCAAAUAAUAGAUUCCUGCAAUAGUGUACAUUCACUGUGAUGCAAAUAUACUGUACAUGUUUCCAAAUGGACUAUUUUUGUAUGAAAGUGUGUUGUUGUGGGCGGAGUUAAGUACUUAUGUUCUUAUUGGUUGUACAGUGUUGUGUGCCUUCUGCGCUGACAUCUUUUCAGAUUUUAAACUGAGGUGCGCAUGAAGUCAAUAUUGUGAAACUAAGCCUUAUAGUAGAGCUACUCCUUACUUUGUGAGAAUACGUAUGUACUGCAUGCUUAGUGAUGUCAAGUUUGCAAUGUGUUGAGUUCAAUUUUGUACAUAGUUUUCACAUGUUUUCUACUGCUGAAGUUAAGAAUGGCUUAAAAGUGAUUUUCUUACAUUCUUAAUGCCAAGGAGGAGGGUGUUUCACAAAGGAAACUCAAGCUUGCUUCCAUCAGACGUAUUUUACUUGUGGGUGGUCUGUGGAAAUACGAAUUAACUUUUCCAGCCCAGCAAAAAGAAUAUAUUUUGUUUAGGAAAAAAUGAAGUUUAAAAUAAAAUAAAAAAAUGUGCUCAAUUUGUUGAUAAUGCUUGCAGUCCGUUUUUGUAAUGUGCUGAAACUGUUUCAAAAUGCUGAACUCUGCAUUUAAUCUAAAAAGAGGAAGCAGUGCAGAUUUUGGCAAAACCGUCCAUCAUCUCAACAUAAAUAGUAUUGUUUGCCUGUCUCUGUUAUUUGCUCUGUUAUUUUUAGGAAAACUGCCUUUCAAAAACAUUUUCCGUACAUUGGGUGUUGGACUCAUUGGGAAUCGUAUGUCUUUUAUGUGUGUAUUGUUUCUCUCCUCUUGCACAUUCUUUGACACUUGGCUACUAUUAUAGCCCAUUUCCAUUGAAAAGAAAAAUUUGAUUUGCAUGAAAGUACUUCCUUAAAAGAAAUUAUCUAAAACAAAAAUGACAGAGUAAUGUUCUUUUUUGAAUUUAUUUUACUUUAUCUUUAUAGUGUCACAAUGCAAGAUGAUUAGAAUCUCUGCCUCUGAGCUUCAGUAUUCUUUUGUGUGUAGAUGCAAACCCACUGCAAGGCAUGUGAUCAUUUCUGGAAUAAAAAGUCCAAGGUAUUUUUAUUUUUAGUUAGUUCUGUAAACCUUUUCAUUUUCAAAUGUAUUUAAGGGGUGUUAUGUAAAGAUUUAGAAGGAAAACGGUACAUAAAAUCUAAAUUCACUGAAUCUUCUCUGAAUUUGUGAUUUUGCUGCAUCAGAGAUGUUCAAAAUUGAAUUUAUUCAACAUUGCUCAAGAUAUUUAAUUUUCAUGUGAAAUAAAGGUACAUUUAUAAUGUGGUGUAAUAGUUGGUCAGGCACUCUUUAAGCAAUACUUUGUAUAAAUCUAUUAACAGAAAAACAUACAUUCUUUAGGUAACUUAUUUAAAUAAUGAUGUGAAGAGUGAACUUGUGCAAAGUUUAAAAAUGCAUCUUUUCUACUUGAUGUGCCAAAAUGGGGCUGGUGACUAAAAAAAUGAAUAAAGAAAGACCUGAAAAUAAA